UGCACCAGGCAACACCUGAGGGCUCAGCAGGCCCCCCCGAGGAUGAGGAGCCGCCCGGCGCUGGCUGCGCUGCUCGUCCUGGCGCUGCCGCUCGCCCUCGCCCGCCCCCCCGCCGCCGCCGCCCCGCCGGGCCCCGCGCCCCCCGCACAGGGGAUGCCCGUCCCGGAGCCGCUGCCCUGGAGAGACCGCGGCAUCCCCGGGGCCGCCUACGCCGCCCUGCUGCAGCUGCUGCGGGAGGAGGACGCCGGUCCGCCCGCGGCUCCGCAGAAGCGUAAGUCCCGCCCGGUCCCGGUCCCGGCGCCGCAGCCGGGCCCCGCGGCGCUGACGGCGGGUCUCUCCGCAGGAGACAUGCACGACUUCUUCGUGGGGCUCAUGGGGAAGCGGGCGGCGGAGCCCGGGCGGCCGGCGGGGCAGGGGAGCGGCGGCCCGUCCCCCCGGUGCUCCCCGGGACCCUCCGCGGCCGGCGGGGCCCCGCUGCGGGCGGCGUGAGCCGCGGGCCGAGCCGGCGGGGCUGGACGGGUCUCGCCCCGCGGCCCCCCACCCCGUACCCACGGGGGCUCCGGCUGUGCCCCGUGGCGAGGCACCGGUCACCGGGGACUGCGCUGCGGCGGCGGUACCGGCUGCGGGGGCGUCCCGGGCGCGCCGCCGCCCACGGACCGUGGAGCCGUCGUGGAACCCGCCGGGGCUGGAGCACCCACACCUACAGCUGCGCCUGUCCGUACACCCGUGCACGUACACCUGUACCUGUAUACAUACACCUGUUUGCGUACGCCCGUGUACGUACACCCGUAUACACCCACCCGUGCGGGA